AAACGUCAAAGUUGCGACCACUUUACUGCUACGAGGGAGACUGAACCAACCCGAAGCAACUACACCCGCAGCAGCAAUGAGGCUCGCUGCAGACCUCAUUCAUAACUCCCUAUCAUAUCUGAACCCUCUCAAAGAGCGUGAACUCGACCUCCGAGGCCAUAAAAUCCCCACCAUCGAGAACUUGGGCGUUGCAGGCCCGCAAGAUGCAAUCGACUUCACCGACAACGACAUUACCACCCUCUCCAAUUUCCCCCUCUCUCCCCGAUUGAACACGCUCCUGUGUGCACGAAAUCGAAUACAAAGCGUGGACAAGAGAAUAGCAGAACAGAUACCCAACCUGACAACGCUCGUGCUGACGGCAAAUCAUGUCAAGGAGCUCGCUGAUCUGGAGGGUUUGGUCGCCUGCGGAGCGUUGACUCACUUGAGUUUAUUGGAAAAUCCGGUAGCAAAGAAAGAGCACUACAGACUCUAUCUCAUCUGGUCGAUCCCCUCGCUGCGGUUCCUCGAUUUCCAGAAAGUGCGACAAGCAGAACGAGAGAGCGCAAACGAGCUGUUUGGCUCUGCCGAAGCACCCACCGAAUUGGCCACGAAGAUCAAGGGGCUGAAGAGCCGGACAUUUGACGUUUCUACAGGUGGUGUCAAUGGCAAGGCGACCGCGGCACAAAAAGGUGUCCGGACGAGGUUGACCGAGUCAGAGAAGAAGAGAGUGGAAAUGAUGAUCCAGAAUGCCAAAAGCUUUCAGGAGAUUGAACGAAUCGAGAGAGAUCUCGCGGAGGGCAGAAUACCUGCUGGUGCAGCGGAAGCCGACAGGAUGGUUUCCUAAGACCGCUGCUUUGCAUGUAUCACAUGGAAGGAAGAAUCGGGAGGUCCUUCGAUGGGACCCUUGUAAACGGACAAGGAGUAUCAUUGUGGAGCUUGCACAUUGAAAUGCGUAGAUUCACAACCCAAAGGCGGUCUAUUUCUAUUGGCCAAGGCGCGAUAUCAAUCCAAAGCAUUCAAACUUGAGA